AUGAGUUCGACAUACAACCUUGAGCCCAAUCCGACGGCGAAGGUGGUCCUACACACCACCUUGGGCGACCUUGAACUCGAACUCUUUGCGAAGCAGACCCCCGUCACGUCGCGCAACUUUCUACAGCUGUGUCUGGAUGGCUACUACGACAACACCGUCUUCCACCGCCUGGUGCGCGGCUUCAUCCUCCAGGGAGGUGAUCCCACGGGCACUGGCCAGGGCGGCGAGAGCAGCUACGAUGGCGCACCCUUCGCCGACGAGUUUCACAGCCGCCUCAAGUACACGCGCAGAGGUCUGCUGGGAAUGGCCAAUACGGGCACCAAGGACGACAAUGGCAGCCAAUUCUUCUUUACGCUGGCGCCUACUCCCGAGCUACAGGAUCGCAAUACCCUGUUUGGACGUGUUGCGGGCGACACCAUAUACAACCUCAUGAAAAUGGCCGAAGGGGAGAUUCGCGAAGGCAGUGAAGACCAGCCCUUGUAUCCCACAAAGAUCACGGGCGCAGACAUCAUCAUAAAUCCUUUUGAGGACAUGGUCAAGCGGACGCGAUUGGCAGAGCGGACGGCGCCCGAAGCACCCAAGGCCAAGAAGGCCAAGAGGAAGGCUGGCAAGAAUGUACUUAGUUUUGCAGACGAGGCAGAUGACUCCAUGCCACUACCCGUUGUCAAGAAGGCAAAGUUUAACACCAAGCUUGUCACUGAUGACGGACAGAAGCUAGUGUCUAAGGCAUCUGAUCAGACAAGAGAGAUUCCCAUUCGCAAGCCAAGUCGAAAGUCCCCUUCCAGACCCAGUUCACCCAAACCAACCCCAAAAGCUGCACCACCAGAACCACCCAAGGAGAAAGCUCCGUCACCACCGCCACGAGAGCUGUCUCCCGAGUCUGAGAAGCGAGCUAAGCUUGACCGUGUAAAUGCCCAGAUUGCAGAGUUGAAAGCAUCAAUGAAGCGCAACACAGGAUCUAGUCGUGCAGAACCAGUGAAAAAGAAAUCAUUGCUAGAAUCCAUGGUCCCUGUAUCCACAGUGCGCGGUCGCAAGAGAGGCGCAGGCACAAACUCAACUCAAGAACAAGCCGCUCUAGACAUACUUUCCAAGUUCAAAUCCAAGCUGGAGUCAGCCGAGCCAGUAGUGCCAGUCAAAUCCAAGUCUCCCACCAUCGGGAGCAACAUAACUGAUGUUGACAACGGCGCGUUGGACAGUAGUAAAGUCGACGACGAAGAAGAAGUUGCUUGUGAUUUACAUUUCAUCCCAGGCUGUCAAUCAUGUAAAGCAUGGGACAAGCAGGAUGAAGAGGAAUCAGAUGAUGAUGCAGGGUGGAUGGCGCAUUCCCUAAGCUUUGCAAAAGACAGACUUGGCAAGGAUCUGGAAUGGAAGCGGAAGAACGAAGAGGACUUGUUAGUCAUUGAUCCACGGGAAGAGGCAAAACGACAUAAAGCUGGGGUCAAAGGCAAAAGAGAGUGGGACGAUGCUAAGGGGAAGAAGAAGAUACAAACAUGA